GAGACCUAACCCUAUAGCUGUCCAGAACCAACAGAUCUCGAAAAUACUAUCUAGAAAUCAAGAAACCCUAGCCUUUUUCUUUCCCCGGUAAUUACGUACAAUGGCCUCAAUGCAAUGCCACAAGCCUGCCACUGAUGAGGCAUGCCCCAAAACUUGCCAAAACAAGCCUGCCAGUGAGAGCUCAUUAGGGCAAAAGGUGUCUGGCUUUCUGAAAGGUCACCAUGGCUCUCACAGCAGCAGCCACACUCAGUGCUCAGCCACCGCAACUAACGGUCAGGGGCACCAUGCAACUAACAGCACAGCGUGCUAUGGAAGAACCAAGAAGAAGGGUGAGCACAGAAACAAGAAGACAGGAGGAGGCAGAAAUCUUCUUCAGAAGAUCAAGGAUGGUAUUUCCGGCCAUAGCAGCAGCAGCAGCGACAGCGAGAGCGACAAGGAAGGCAGCUGCAGAAAGAAGAACUAAUUUGAGCAGUUGUGGGAGAUCAUCGAUUCCCAUCGAUCACCAUGAUCAGCAGAAUGAAAGAGGCCUUUAAGUUAUGAUAAAUAAGUACCAAGUUAAUGUAAAAUAAAUGGCCUCUUGAUAUCUUGGCUUGUGUCCUGUGUGAAAUAAA